CUCUAUACCAGUUACUGGCCACCGCAGCAAACAUGGGUGUUUUUAGCGAAAUCACUUUCUGUGUCUUCUACGUCCUCGUGUUGCAGUACAUGACAAAUGGUUACUACCAAGAUACUAGUUGCACCACCAAAGCGAAGCUGGGCAAGAUCCACGAGGUUACGACAUCUCCGGCAAUGGAGGAAUUGGUCAAGGGAGGUCAACUCGAUGUGACCUUGAGGGUAACAACGUCCUUUAAGCCUAAAGCUUCCUGGGCAAUUGUUAAAACCGUUCAAAGCGUUGAAGAUAAUUACUACAACAGCUUUAGUUUCCCGGUGCCGGAGAAAGAUACAGGAAGCAUGAGAACGAAGACUGAAUCCGAAGUUUCGAACUCGUAUUCGUUCUCCCUUCAUCUCGAUUCGUUCGACCAAGAUCGCAUCUUUCUCACUCUUCAACUUGACCACCCCUGCAAUGCAAUAACUAUAGAGGGAAAUAUGGUAUACUGGUUGAACAUGACGGGCGUAGACCUACCCACUGCGCUCAGUGUGCCAAAACCCUUUAUCGACCUGAGCGAAAAAUCUGAGGCCAGAAUGAAGGUGGGAAUGGAGGUCAAUGAUGCCAUCCUGGAAAACUUCCACUCGAUUGGCUAUUUUAGUUAUGUUAGGAAAAAUGGAAUUCUGAAUAUGCGUUAUGGUUCAGGUAGUCGCGAUCCUAUUGGUAUCGAGUUUCAGGCUGGCUCUGGGGUGCGUGCUCCAAGAUACGGCAAAAGCGUCGCCGGAGAGAUAGUCCUAACGAAGCGGCCAGAGAAACUCAGUGAUAUCGAGGCGAUGACUUUUCGCAUUGAAGCCAAUCUACUUUAUAGCGGCCGGGGAUAUUGGCAUGGAGGGCUCGUCAUUUGGGCGAUGACGCAAAUCAAACUGAGAGACCACGAAGCGAGACCCGUCAUCGGUAUCUUCACACGUCAAUCAUAUAAUAGGUUUCUGAUUCAAAGGGACGAAAACCGUCACUUCAUCGGUUUCGUUGACUCAGAUGGAACGAGCUUAUUCCCAUUUCUCCAGGAUAGAAACAUGAAAGUGCCCUUGGUGUUUCAAUGUUUGGCCGAGGGAGUCGAACAAACUCCUUACGUAGCGGUUGCUUUGAAUGAUUCGAACGAUGGCGUAGUGUUGGAUCCCUUAGGCAGUACCGAGUAUCCUGGAUUGAUGACCAGUAUCUACGAAGUUCCCUCACAGAGCGAGAAGAAGGCAGACUUCAUUUGCAGCGCCGCUCAAGGUGAGGCGGUGACCAACGUGCCAUUUAGAACAAUAAUCACAGAGGCGGUCGAGACUACGACAGACCAUGAGGAUGUGGUGCCUUUGGAUGAGGAGACAUUCGCAAAUGGAUUUACCUUCAGCUGCAGGGCAAAAGGCGAUCCCAUCCCGACCAUCAGGUUCUUUAAGGAGGACAAAUACAGCCUUGGUCACCCACCAAAUGCAAUCGAUCUCCUCGAUGAUGAAUACUUCGUCGAGGAGAUAAAGGACUCGGACCGCAUUCGUGUAGCGUCUUCAGCGGGCCAGGCAACCUUGACCGUAUUUCCAGGUGACUCCCCUUAUCCACAUGAUGACGAGGCUUUCAGACUUGUCUGUGUCGGCGCGAACCAGUUCACCGCCGCCGCAGCAUCUAUUGAUUUCAUUGCACCGAAUGUCAAUAUCACUAAUUUCUAUUGAAACAAACGAAAACGCGGAGGAGCUGGAAGAGACUAGCCGCUUUAGUGUCCCGCUUCGGAGGGUCAGAUGGCCUUGACCGUCUCUCCUGGUAGCUUCCCUUCCAUGGCAUGAUGAGGUUUUCAAGCUUGUCCGUGCAGGAGCAUGUAAAUAAGUGUAAUAAUCGUAAAGUUUUUUAUUUAUCAUCAACGAUAGUAUAAUCCAUAUCUAGAGGAGUAAGUUGCUGCGUUGUAGCCAUUGUUAGCGGUAAAUGUAUGGCUAUAUUCAUGUCCUAGCUCAGAGAUAUUUUUCUAAUGUAAAUGCAAUUGCGAAAUUAAAUGGACGGAUUUGCUGA